CUACGCCAUUCAAUUUGUGCCAGUUGGUGGUGCUUGGCUCAAAGUGGAGCUUUAAACAUGUAGACCUGGUCGUUGCUUCAGGAAUCGUGGACAGUGGUGGCCCCUUUGAAAGCUAGCGUGGCCCUGUAAGUCGCCAGCUUUUCAGGUGCGCCGCGCCGAAGCACUUGAACAGAAUGGCAUCCAGUGGGUGCAUUGCGCAGAUGGCGCAGCGGCUGAAGAGCCAUUCCUUGGCUGGCUGUCGACCCUUGGAUUUAAACGCCACGCAAUCAUUCAACUCAUUAGGGCACAGCAUUCCUUUCCUGCCAAGACUACCUGCAAAUGGCACCCUUUUGAGCAACAGCGAUUCUCUUUCAGUCUGCAAAUACCCGUUGGUCACGUCACAGAGUGCACCUGAAAUAGGCUCCCGAGUGGUGGCAAGGGCUGGUCUACACACCUGCAGUAAUCAGUUGCGGCUGAGCACAACUCCUCUUCGUACAGACCCCAGCAGAAAGGGCCAAGGUUCUCUUUUGAACGGAAGGAAGCGGCGGAGCGUGCUGGUCAAUGCAAACGGAGGCGACUUUGAAUUUGACGACGGUGAUGAUGACGGCGAUGGGGGUGGUGCCCUGGAUGGAGAGGGGCUUGACGACAUCGAGUUUGAGUUUGACGCUCCCGAGGGGGACCACGACCAGGACGACGGGGAUGCUUACGCGGACGACGAGGAGGCGGUCAACCUGGAAGACGAGGACUUCGAGAUUGACGAUUACGAGACGCUUGAUCCUGAGACGAUCGAUGUCGAGGACCUAGACGAGAUGAUCUCAGCGGAAGGCCUGGGGGAUACGUCCAAAGUCCGGCGCGUGCCGUACAAGAUCGACGAAGAUUAUUACCACAAGCUGCGCUGCCAGAAGCCGCCGUUCGAUUUCUACAUCCGGAAGAACGAGCAGGGAUUCCUCAACUUGAGCCAGAUCUACGGAGGGGAUCCGUACUCGGAACGUUACGUCAUCCCGAGUAUGAGUGGUGACAUGCCGAAUGAGUUCCAUCGCUACCAGUCGCUGAGCUGGCACACGAUCGUCGGGCGGGACCACGACUCCGAGAAAGCGGACCGCUUCCCGGCCACCACCAACAAAACGAUGCGGUGGUACCUCUGCCGGUGCUUCGAAGACCGGGACCUUAUGUUGGACCCCAAAGCGUGCCUGAUGACUGAGCACGUGUGGAUGUUCGACGCAAAGGCGCGCCACGUCGAGAAAGUCGACGUCAAGAUGGAGGUCACGAUGGGGCCGGACCGGGACCGGAAGAACGAGGUGCUUGUGAUCAAGCCCCAAGGCGUCAUUGCUAGAAACCAGGAGGAUAUGGAGGACCCCGGUCACAUCAUAGAGCGGGAGGCGCGGCACAACCAGCUGCUGAAAAUCGAGGGCUACCUCCAAGUCUUCCGAGACUACAAUUGGGAGGGCCUCCGUCCUCGGUGGGAGGAGAACCUGCGGGAUCCCUCCAAGGUGUAUGUCACCCCGGAGCUCAUUCAGGCGCUGAUAGACGAAGGACGCUUGACAGACACUCCGCAGCUCUGGGAAAACUUGAAACUAGAGCGGCCUAAGGAGAAGGUGGCCGCUGAAGGGAAAGUGCAAUUGCCCACUCAGCGGUUCAAGAGGAAGUAGUUUGUGCCAGUUCCUUGAAGUAGAUAAGCUUACCUUUGGCGGCGAUAAUUGCUGUCCAAAACGAGGGCUUUCUGGGAGACGGUACUUCUUGUCCCGAGGUCCGGACGAGUAGGAAGAGCUUCAAGCCGGAAGGAGUGGCUCAAAUUAGAGCGGUCAUGGACGGGGUAUUCCAGGAUGAGUCACAGCAAAGCUGCCAUGCUCGAUUUAAGCAUCUUCUACCUCUGGCCCCGGUCGCCGUGGACUUCGAUCCCCCCCUGGUGUACAGAUCAAUCAGGCAUCAGACCGUCGGCGG